GGUGGGGAGAUCAAGAUAUCUGUGUUGAAAACACAAAAGGCUGCAAGAUCUUUCCUUUCCUAUCUCUAUGUUCAAGCGUCGGAUGGCGACGGACGUGACGGAGAAGGGGAUUCGCCUUCCGGCUCAUCUGUCGGAGGGACCCACGUGGAUGUGGUCGCCUCGUCCGGGGAGAUGGAGGCGUUGGAUCGGGUAGUGAAACCCAAAACCAAGAGGGCCAAACGGUUUCUGGAGAAAAGAGAGCCAAAGCUUACAGAGAAUACCAAGAAUGCUAUGUUAAUAAAAGGUGGAAAUGCAAGUUCAGCAGUAACUGAAGUUCUGAAAGACAUUUAUGCUCUGAAAAAGCCAUUUGCUGUGCUUUAUAAGAAAAAAAAUAUUACAAGACCUUUUGAAGAUCAGACCUCACUGGAAUUUUUUUCCAAGAAGUCUGACUGUUCCUUGUUCCUGUUUGGAUCACAUAAUAAGAAGAGGCCCAAUAAUUUGAUAAUAGGUCGUAUGUAUGAUUAUCACGUUUUGGAUAUGGUUGAACUAGGGAUUGAGAAGUUUGUACCCCUGAAGGAUAUUAAGAGUAGCAAGUGCCCUGAAGGAACAAAACCUAUGUUGAUAUUUGCGGGUGAUGCUUUUGACAUCAGUGAAGAGCAUAGGCGCUUGAAAAGCCUUCUGAUUGAUUUCUUCAGAGGCCCUGUUGUGCCCAAUAUUCGUUUGGCAGGCUUAGAACAUGUUCUUCACUUCACAGCUGUGGAUGAAAAAAUCUUUAUGAGAAGUUACAAAGUAUUGUUGAAAAAGUCUGGUUGCAAAAUACCAAGGAUUGAACUUGAAGAAAUGGGACCCUCACUAGACUUGGUGAUGAGGAGAACACAUUUGGCAUCAGAUGAUCUUUAUAAGUUAUCUCUAAAGCAGCCCAAAGCUCUUAAGCCAAAGAAGAAGAAAAAUAUUUCCCAUGAUGUCUUUGGUACAAAAUAUGGGCGGAUCCACAUGCAGAAACAGGAUCUGGAUAAGUUGCAAACUCGGAAAAUGAAAGGUUUAAAGAAAAGGCCUGCUGAAAAGAAGAAUGAAGGUGGAGAAAGUCCAAAGAAACGAAAGCUUGGGUGAUAGGGUGGGACAAGACUGAGUAGCUGAGACAGGGUUGCUGCUUUGAUUUUUAACUGGAGUAAAUAUCAUUUACACCCAGAAUUUCAUUUUGAAGCAGUUUUUGAGCAGGUCUUACUACUUUGUCAUUCCGAAAGAGUGGGGAUGUUUUUAAGGAGAGGGAAUGAGUAUGGUUCAGUUAGCAAUUUUUUUGAAGAUUUUUCUUUUGACAGGCAUUUGGUAUGGCCAACUCUGUAAUGAUUUCCAACUAUUCUUAGUGGCUUGCUCUUUUCCAUAUUCACUCCCCAAUUCUUAUUGUUGUCCUUUCAGACUACAUUAUGCUUGUAUUAAAAACGUGCAGUAAGGUCACUAGACAAGAGCUGAAAUACCUUUAUACUUUGGAUAUUUUUUUAAAAUGAACAUACCAAAUGUUCAACUCUGAAUAUGGGACAAUUAUUUUUUGCAAAAAAAAUUAAUCAACACACAUUUACUCAAACAGCUUAGUUACAGAGAACAGGAGCAUUUUAACUCAAGACUAUUCAUACUGAAUUUGAAAAAAAAUUACAAAAGCAAGGAAUCCCUAGUUGCUUCAGGAUUCUCCUCUUUCACUCAAAUACUGUUGCUCUUUUUCAAAUGAGUCUGUAACUUUGAUUGCAUUAUAAAGUACAGUCAGUCAAAUCUAGACCCCCCAUGCACCUAUCAAGAAUUCAUCUCUUUUGACUGAAAAAAAAAUCCAUGCAGGCAGAUUCUAAGGGAUUACUAUUUUAGGAACAGUGAUCGUGUAAAUAGCUGCAAGGAUAUAAAAGGACAGCUGACUCAUUCUUUCUCUGCUCCCCACUUUUUUAUGAUGUUUGAGUUCCUGUGGUAACCUGGCCAGUUUCUGAAUUGAGGUCAGUGUGCACAUUUUGCUAUAGGAAAAAGUAACAGUUCCGUUUCAGAUAUUACAGAGAACAGUAAGAGUACAAUAUAUGUGAGAAAUGUUUCUGCUUCAUUCCUCUAUAGUUGGAACACCAGAAGUCCUUAUUGAAUGCUUGUUUUAAUAUACUUCAUGAACUUGACCAAAUGACUGUCAUGUUAUAACAUCUGAGCAUCUGCUAUGAGUAAAAAGUUCUGCACCUACACAGA